AAUCGGUUUCGCGUAAGGCGAACAAGUUAACCGCGCGCUAGCGUCAAUGUAUGCGUAUUUAUGAUUUAGGUUUUAACGUUUCAGGUAGGUUCCCUUCGCCAUGCCCCUUUAUGGGAAGAUCGUGGUGAUCAAGAGAAAUGGCACUGACGGAGCAAAUUUUCCACUCACUGCCACAGCCUGUCUCUUUGGAAGGAGUAGUGACUGUGACAUCAGAAUACAGCUACCCAAUGUGAGUCUGGAACAUUCUCGUAUAGAUGUGAACAAGAAGGGAGAGGUUUUUCUCACUAACCUAAGCAGUGGCUCGCCAACAGAGUUAAAUGGUAGUGUCUUGAGAGACACGCUCCAGCUUAGCCACAAAGACUUGUUCACUAUCACAGAUCGGUCAUUCAGGUUUGAAUUUCCACCCAAAUCCCCUCACAGAACGCCUGAAAGGCCAGGUUCCAAGAGCCCAGCUAAUUCAGGUCCUGCAUACUCGGCGAGCAAAUCACCACUGACAAAGGUUAUCUCUCCAAAGAAAAAGCCUCCAACUCCCAGAGCCUCUCCAAAGAAUUCACCCAAUGCAGCAAAAGUUUUGUCAUCUCGAGUAAACAACACCCCAAAAAGUAACCUAACAAAGAGUCCUUUGUCCACAAAGAAAACUCCCAAUGCUGUUCUGUCGAUCUCCAAAAAGAACAUUCCAUCGAAAUCACCGAGGCAAAAAACUCCAGCUAAAUCCCCUGCUCAGAAAACUCCAAAAUCAAGCGACAAAGCUGCUAAGAAAUCUCCAGGUAGACUGAGUGCUGCUGGGGAUAGUGCAAAUAUCUCAGUGCUGACUGCCACCCCUCUUGCACUGAAUAAUCUCCUGUCACAAGUUAUCAAAAAGUCAAAAUCUCCAAGGGUACCAAUCAAGGCGCAGUCUCCACAGCAGAAAGACAGUCCACACACUUCCAAACAAUCUCUGAAAGCUACACCCAAGACACAAGUGAAAUCACCAAAAGCAACCCCUAAGUCGCAGACACAGUUUACACAGGCUAUCUCCAGGUCUGACAUAGAGGAGCCAACAUCCACCAGAAAGUCACGAAGUUCAUCGCCAAAAUCUAAACCAAGAUUAAGCACUUCUUUCCCAAAAGGUACUCCAAAGUCACGAACAUCUUCACCCAAGUUACAGAGGUCAUCUCCAAAAUCUACCCCCAAGUCAAAGGCAGCAUCUCCUAAAACAACCCCUAAGUCACGCACCUCAUCACCCAAAACAACCCCCAAGUCACCCACCUCAUCAUCCAAAACAACCUCCAAGUCACGCACCCCAUCACCCAAAACAACCCCCAAGUCACGCACCCCAUCACCCAAAACAACCCUCAAGUCACGCACCCCAUCACCCAAAACAACCCCCAAGUCACGCACCUCAUCACCCAAAACAACCCCCAAGUCACGCACCUCAUCACCCAAAUCAAGCACCUCAUCACCCAAACCGACCCCCACAUCACCCUCAUCACCCAAGACAACCCCCAAGUCACAGGCAGCCUCUCCUAAAACUGCGCCUAAAUCAUCAACAAAUGAUGUUGCACAUCUGGUCGAAUUAACUCCAAAAUCAUCCAAGAAAGGAACUCAGGCCUCCCCAAGAGACAGAACACCUUCACCAAGUGUAAAGCAAUUGACCAGAGCUAGAUCUGCAUCUCCAAAAGCCACAUUCCCAAGUGUGACAAAGUCUAGAACACCAUCGCCCAACCCGAAGAAAACACCCACAAGUCAGGUAACUCCAAAAUCUAGCAAAUCCACCCCAGGCAAGUCACCAAAACGGCCACCAAAGGUACAGACACCAAGACAGCUGUUGGACGCCAUAACUUCUCCAGAGGAACAAGAGGCAACUCCCAAGAGAUCAUCAGUGGGCAGAGGCUCUCACAGUGGCCGCAAGUCUGGCUCUGGCAGAAAGUCCCUGCCCCCCGUCAGUCCUCGAACCCCUGCCAUGCCGCAGCUCAAGCCGGGAAUCAAUGCCCUGAGGCGGCGCUCCGAACCAGUUCUGGAGGAGGAUGAGACUGUGACCACACCCAAACUUGCCCCAAAGCGCUCCCCUAAAGAGUCUCCCUUGUCUGGAUCAGGUAGAAAGCCUUCCACUGGGAAGAAAAGGAAGUCUCUUGAUUCCAUUGCUCCUAACCCCAAACGAAAACGAGUGUCAUUUGGCCCUGCCCUGAGUCCUGAACACUUCAACAAACAUCUGCCUCCAGAUACUCCAGUGAGACGGGGUGCAACACCCAGGAGGCUAUCUAUGCCUGUAGCCACAAUUAACUCUCCCAGACCAUUGCUAAAGAGAAGAUCUUUGGCUGCCAGUGUCAUAAAUGCAUCCCCAAUUAAGGAGGAAAGCCCGAAGAAAAAUGUGAGGACCCCAGUUAGAGGAGGAACACCUAAGGCUUCACGAACACCGUCCCCCAAAACUGCAAAAACCCCAUCACCUAAGACAACGAAGACCUUAUCACCGAAAGCAACAAAGACUCCGUCACCGAAAGCAACAAAGACACCAUCACCAAAAGCAAGAAAGACACCAUCACUGAAAGCAACAAAGAAACCGUCACCGAAAGCAAAAAAGACACCAUCACCCACUGUCAGCACAGUAAAAAACCCCUCCCCAAAAACUUCUAGAUCAGCAUCACCUGUGACAUCACCAAAAACACCACAAACAGAUUCACCAAAGGGAAAGCAAAAAUCACCCAGGUCUGCUGGAAGACCAUCAUCUAAGGCUAAGAAGAUGCCUUCACCAACCUUGGUUUCUCUGACCGGGAAGAGAAACUCACGGGGAAGUACCUCCAAAGGGUACAGCAGAGAUUCUCUAGACUUGAGCUUCACUGGUCUAAGGGAACUGGUGAAAACCCCGAAACAGAUCGGGUCUGGUGAUGCAAAUCUGGAAGGCAUCAAGCGAAUCAUGAAGACCCCAAAGAACAAGAGAGGCAAGUCUAACCUUGAUGUGACCUUGACGGGAGUGUCCGAUCUGAUGAUGACUCCAGAGGACUUCUAUAAGGGCCAGGAGUCUGCUGAUCAGCUGGCAUAUGUGGUGGAGUUGUCAGCCUCCCCAAAACUACCUGCUCCUGGACGUAGAUCUCAAACCCCAAAGUCAGGCAGAAAGUCAGAAACUAAGGUUAAGACCCCUAAAGCCACUCCUGGACGAGCAGGAAGGAGGUCAACACCAACAUUAAAGGUGACCAGCUCAAAGAAAGCUAAAUCCUUCAAGUCCCCGGUAGACAAGAUUGUGUCACCUCCCACAGAUUUUAAAAAGGUUAUUGCACUCAGAGCUAUCCAUGGCAAAUCUGCCACUCCCAAGCUGCCGACCCCGGUAAAAUCUACACGGAAGACCCCCAAGAUGUUGUGGUCAGAUGUUGUUAAGAAGCAGGUGGAUCCAGCUGUUGUUACCGGAGUGGUCCAGAGGAGAUCUUAUGCAAAACCAGUUGUUGUGAAGAUUGUCAGCAGAAAGAGAACGCUUACCCCAAGGCCUCAAAAGACCAAGUCAUCCACACCAGGCAGACGAGGCCGGCAAGCAGUCACCUCCACAGGCCAUGUCAAUUCACCUGCCACCAUUUUCAUUGGAAAGAAGUCUGCCAAAACACCGAAGACUCUGCCACGAAAGGGUCGCAAGAGUAUCUCCAAGGGAGUGAGGAGAAAGAGUCGUGGAUCAAGGGUGAGCUUGGGUGGGGUGGAGAAUCUGUUUUCCACUCCUCCAGCACACUCCCCUCAGAACAAAACAGGAAAGAGUCUGCAAAGCCCUUCAGAUAACCUGUUUGAUGACUUACCAGCCAGUCCAAACGGACCGGGGGAAAUGUUUGUGUCUCCAAUUGUUACCUCGGAAAAUAGUUCACCUGUAGAUGGAAAAUCACGUAAAAGUGCUAAUGCCCUGGGCCUGAAGGAACUUUUUGCUAAACGUCUUCAAAAGAGUGAUUCCUUACAUGGUGUACGCGAAUUGUUGAAGUCGCCAAAACGCCGUUCCUCACCAUCACUGAAAGGGGUACGGGAGAUGAACAAAACCCCCAAGCAGAAACCAUCCCCAUCCCUCAAAGGUGUCCGGGAACUGAACAGAACCCCCAAGCAGAAACCAUCCCCAUCCCUCAAAGGUGUCCGGGAACUGAACAAAACCCCCAAGCAGAAAUCAUCCCCAUCCCUCAAAGGUGUCCGGGAACUGAACAAAACCCCCAGGCAGAAACCAUCCCCAUCCCUCAAAGGUGUCCGGGAACUGAACAAAACCCCCAGGCAGAAAUCAUCCCCAUCCUUGAAAGGUGUCAGGGAAUUGGUCAUCACUCCUAAACAGAGAGGUUCUCCAUCACUCAUUGGCAUUAAAACGAUGAUGACUGUCCCCAAAAAGGGUAAACAAGCUGUUUUGGUUGGUGUGAAGGAACUGCUGAAGACCCCAGAGAAGAAGAGAGCCUCACUUAACACUUCAGGAAUGGACAUAAUGUUUGCCAGCCCUCCCUCAGCCCAAACCACACCAGAUUCAUUGAGCAAGCCUGCUCCAGGCAAAACAACUGCGCCCGCUGCAGCAAAGUCCAGUUUAAAAACUAAGGUGUCGUUUUCACAAUCCAGCAAAAGCCCCAAAACACCUGCACAACCUAAAACCACUCGAUCCAAGCGUGGCAGAAGUACAGUUAAAUCUCCUAAAGCAGCUUCUCCUAAAUCUACACUGUCUCCAAAGUCAUCUCCAUCUCCUAAGGCAACUAGGGGAAAGAGAAGAAACCAGCAAGAUAGUGAAAUACUUCAACCAGCAAAGAAGAGUAGAAUUGAAUCUCCUAAACCAGAGAAAGCUCCUACAAGAGGGAGGAAGGCUUCAGCAAGAGCUGCACAGUCACCAGUGAGGAAAGCAUCCCCAGUAAAGAAAACAUCACCAGUAAAGAAAGCAAGUCCAGCAAAGAAAACUGCACGUAGACAAGGACGUAGCAAGAAUACCAAAGAGGAGGCAGUGAUUGUGGUGUCCCCUACGAAGGCUACGCGAGGUCGUAAGAGGGCAGCUCCAGCGUCUUCUCCAGCAUCAGUUUCAGUUCCCAAGAAAGCCAGUAAGACAGCCCCAGUGCCAGAGAUAAGCAGCCCCAAGUCUACCAGGUCAAAAGCAAGCAAAAAACCUUCAACACCAGUUUCUAAGAAGAGUCCAUCUCCAAGGAAAGGCCGAAGUACCAGAGGUCGGAAGGCUGUGGCAUCCAGCCCUGUGAAGUCACCAUCACCAGUGAAGAGGAGAAUGAGGGGCAACACAUCUGCUGAAGAAACUGCUGAAUCAUUGUCGCCAGUGAAGAGGAAAGCUGGCAAGAAGGCUGCCACUCCCAAGAGGGUUGCUACUCCCAAGAAGGUUGUUGCCUCCAAGAAAGCUGCCACUCCCAAGAAAGCUGCCACUCCCAAGAAGGUUGCUGCAUCCAAGAGGGUUGCUACUCCCAAGAAGGCUGCUGCGUCCAAGAAAGCUGCCACUCCCAAGAAGGUUGCUUCUCACAAGAAACCUGCCUCUCCUAAAAAGGCUGCUACCCCAAAGAAAUCAUCAGCACCGAAAAGAGCAACAAGGGGCAAGAAGAUUGAAGAAAUAAAGGCCAAGGAACCUACCCCAGUGAAGACUGCAUCAAAGAGAGGAAGAAAAAGCCCCUCAGAACCUGAGGUGACAUCUGCCAAGAAACUGGCUACAGAAGGUCCUAAGGUGGCUAAGGGCAAGAAAACAGCGUCCCUGAAAAUAACACCCAAGAAAGCGGCGACAAAGAGCACAAAGGGGAAGGUCAGAGGGUCACAGGCCCAGACCAAGGCUUCAACAGUGAAGUCUGCAACUCCAGCCAAGAGAUCCACCAGAGGGAAGACUGCCAAGGUCAAGCCCUCCCCUAAGAAGAGCCCUGCUGGCAAACCUAAGCGUGGCAAACUGACUGUGAAAUUGGUGCUGAACACUAAAAGCUCACCCCAGCGGCAAACUAAGGAGGCAGGAUCAAGUGGUGCACCCACAAAAAGAGCCACAAGAUCAAGACGAUAGGCGUUUAAUUCUUGCCUCUCAUAAUACAUCAUCUUGAUGCUAAAUGUAACAUAUCACUAACGCUUUUUUAUUAUGUUCACUGUGUAUUUAGUUGAAUGAGGCUUAUUACAUUGUCUGUUAUAGGAAGACAGUUUUUACCUAAGAUGAUUGUAGCCACAUCAGUUUGGCGACUUCGGUGUAAAGCUCAAUAACUGUUGACGUAUGUUUUAAGACUCAGUAUACAUUAUAUUUAAUCCUGAUGCCACUCUUGCAUGGUUGUGAAAACCUCUUAGAUGUUUUUUUAUUACAAAAUGUGUCUAGGCACAGCUGUAAUUCUUUUUUCUUGACAUUAUUACAAUUUUACUGCAAAAAUUCUUACCGCCAAAUGAAUUUUAGCAGGAUUGUAAUGAGUUUUAAAUUGGCCUUACUUCAGUACGUUUUAUCAGAAUAUUUUUAACAAUUCCACAUUGAAUUUAAACCACUACAAUAGACCAGAAAAUGUAUUUCUCUGAUCGGACAGGUAAUGGUGUAGAAAUUUGGUGCUACGUACACAUUGGAUAUAACUGUCUGUACUUUCUCAACUUUUGUCAUGAUAAAUUUACCCACACUUUUGUCUUUUAAACUUAAAUGGCUGGUAUAACCUACGCAAUGCCUGUCAAAACGAUUUAUGUUGUAGUCACAAAGGCUGUACAUUUUAACAUUUGUCAUAGAUUUUUUAUUUUGUGUAACUAUUUAAACUGGUUGUUAAUGUAGAGAUAUUUUGUACAUAACAUUUGUAACUUCAUUGGUUUUGUAAUUGUUUUGUAAGAGCAGAUAUACCUGUAGUUUUAGACACUUAAUUAAGUGUGUCAUUAUCAUUGUAGACGUUGAUGAUCGGUGUAUUCUCAUGUUCUAUCAAACACCACCAUACCAUGUCUCCAUAUAUGUGUGUACUGUGAAUGAAUCCUAGCAAGGAGGUAGGUCUUUGUAUGUACGUGUUUCCUGUAUAUAAUAUAGCUACACGGCUCUUCAUACCACCCAGUAGUCAUAAUUGGCCUAUAACAAAGUUAACAGAUUUCUCUAUCUCUACGGGAAGCUUUCCGCACAACCCAGGUAUGAACAGUAUGUAUUUUAUUUCACCGAAUAAAACACAUUUUC